CGGCGCUGCCAUGUUGAGCCGCCGCCGCCGCCGCCGCUUUGUUGUCGGCUCCAUGUAGCUGCGGCCCGGGGGAGGGAGCGACGGGGGGACCGCCCGCCGCAGCCGCCGCCGCCGCCGCCCGGGGCCGCGCCGCCCCCGCCAUGGAGGCCAACUGGACCGCGUUCCUCUUUCAGGCACAUGAAGCCUCCCAUCACCAACAGCAGGCAGCACAGAACAGUUUGUUGCCUCUCCUGAGCUCUGCUGUUGAGCCGCCCGAUCAGAAGCCGAUUCUGCCCUUACCAAUAACGCAGAAACCUCAGCCUGCACCAGAAACAUUAAAGGAUGCUAUUGUUGGGAUUAAAAAGGAAAAACCUAAAACCUCCUUUGUGUGCACUUACUGCAGCAAAGCUUUCAGGGACAGCUACCAUUUGAGGCGUCACGAGUCCUGCCACACAGGGAUAAAGUUAGUGUCACGGCCAAAGAAAACUCCCACCACAAUGGUGCCCCUUAUCUCGACCAUCGCUGGUGACAACAGCCGGAGUUCACUGGUUUCGACUAUCGCAGGCAUCCUGUCCACUGUCACUACGUCUUCCUCUGCCACCAACCCCAGCAGCAGCGCCGGCGCCACGGCCAUGGCAGUGACGCAGACGGUGAAGAAGCCCAGCAAGCCCGUGAAGAAGAACCACGCCUGCGAGAUGUGCGGAAAGGCCUUCAGGGACGUCUACCACCUCAACCGGCACAAGCUGUCCCACUCCGACGAAAAACCCUUCGAAUGUCCCAUUUGCAAUCAGCGCUUCAAGAGAAAGGAUCGCAUGACCUACCACGUGAGGUCUCACGAGGGGGGCAUCACGAAACCCUACACCUGUGGUGUUUGUGGAAAAGGCUUCUCGAGGCCUGAUCAUUUAAGCUGUCACGUUAAACACGUUCACUCAACAGAGAGACCCUUCAAAUGCCAAACGUGCACUGCUGCCUUUGCCACCAAAGACAGACUGCGGACACACAUGGUGCGCCAUGAAGGAAAGGUAUCGUGUAAUAUCUGUGGUAAACUUCUGAGUGCAGCAUAUAUCACCAGCCACUUAAAGACACACGGGCAGAGCCAAAGUAUCAACUGUAAUACCUGUAAACAAGGCAUCAAUAAAACAUGCAUGAGUGAAGAGACCAGCAACCAGAAACAGCAACAGCAGCAGCAACAACAGCAACAACAACAACAGCAGCAGCAGCAGCAGCAGCAGCAACAACAGCAACAACAGCAGCAGCAGCAGCAACAGCAGCAACAGCAGCAACACGUAACAAGUUGGCCUGGAAAGCAGGUAGAGACCCUGAGAUUGUGGGAAGAGGCCGUCAAAGCGAGGAAGAAAGAAUGUCAGUUCACCUUUGAGAAGGCUAUAGAGUACGUACCAUUCGAAGCUGCUAACUUGUGCCAAACCUCCACUGCUGCUACUACGCCUGUGACUCUUACUACUCCAUUCAAUAUAACGUCCUCUGUGGCUUCUGGGACUAUCACAAACCCAGUCACAGUGGCAGCUGCAAUGAGCAUGAGAAGUCCAGUAAAUGUAUCAAGUGCAGUUAAUAUAUCCAGUCCGAUGAACUUAGGGCAUCCUGUAACUAUAACCAGUCCUCUGUCCAUGACCUCGCCCCUCACGCUCACCACCCCGGUGAACCUGCCCACCCCGGUCACGGCUCCAGUGAACAUAGCGCACCCCGUCACCAUCACGUCCCCCAUGAACCUGCCCACCCCCAUGACGCUGGCUGGCCCCCUCAACAUAGCCAUGAGACCAGUGGAGAGCAUGCCUUUCCUGCCCCAGGCCUUGCCCACCUCUCCUCCCUGGUAAACAAGUUCUAAACAGUAUUAAAAAGGAUUAAAAUGGAAUCCUUACCAGCAGUUCUUUUUUGGGUUUUGUUUGGUUGGGUUUUUUUUUCUUUUUUCUUUUUUUUCUUUUAUUUUGGUUUUUGUUUUGUUUUGUUCUGUUGGGUUUUUUGUUUUGUUUUGUUUUAGUUCAUAAUAAAUUCAGGCUAAGACACUGGGGCAACACCAUCAGAGACCACAGUAGCAUCUUCCCCUUGAUUUGGCUCACAUGGUUCAGGCUUGAGUUUCACUGGAGCACUUCAUUUAAAGUAAGUUUUACCUUGUAGCUGACUGAUGCUGAAUUAGAGCAGAUACUUAUUUGCCAGAGUUUUUAAAGAAAAAAAAAAAAAAAAACCAAAAAAAACCAACAAAAAAAAAAGGUAAUUAAAAAAACAGUUUUAUGUUUUAUCCCCUCAAAUUAUAACUUAGAAAAUUAUUUUAAUCUAAACACUAGCAAAGACCCCUCUGUAUCUGUGACAGGGUGGAUGGCUCAUUUUAACCUGCCAGGCAAGUCCACUGUUUCUGAGCUAGUGUAGAACCUUUGUCUGUGUUGAUGUUUUUUUUUUUUUUUAAUGAGUAAAUGCAUUACAAUGUUGUCAUUUAAAAAAAAAAAAAUGCAUUUUUGGAGAAAAUAUGCAUUUUACCUUUGGGAAUAUGAUAAUUUCAGGCAGCAUUCCCUAUGGGAAAGGUGAUACCAGCUCUGAUAUGCAAAGCAUAUGAUAACUUAUCAUUCUAACUUCAACAUAUAAUAGGGAUUGUGACCUGAUAUUUGGAGAUGUAAAUAUUACCCAACAUAUUACCCUAAGGGAAUAGAGCAUUGUAGUCAACAUUUUUUUUAAAAAAACUGUUAUUGUUUGGUGAGAAACAGCCAUGGCUGACAGAAGAGGAGUCGAAAUGUAUGUAAACAUGGUCUCUGAACAGUCAGACCCCCAUGGGACUCUUAUCUAGGAGCAAAAGGAGUGCUUGGAAACUUAAGAAAUAUUGCUUUAAGCUGGAAGAUUCUGGAGGCCCUGGGUGUGAUUUUUAUGCCCUCUGCCUCCCAAUCAGAGCCUGCUGGUGUUCCAGCAGGGGACAGACGUGUUAGUUGUUCACUAGAAGUUUUGUCUUAUAUUAAAUUGUAUACAGUUUUUAUUCUAACCACUAACUAGGUAGGAUGCCCCUCCAGGACAAGCAGAGAGCGUCUUUUAAUUUCUCCCCUAUUUCUUAAUCAAGUGUUGUGCAAAUCUGUUCAACUUUGUAAAUAUUUGCAAACAUCAUCAUUUUUACGUUAUUCUUCUAUUGUGUUAACACAUUUCUAUGAAUUUGUGGGAGUUCUGGGGUGCUGAGCUGUCCAGCCCAGAACUGCUCCAUAAAUGGUCACACAUGUUUAAGCUACAUGUGCUUUUUAUUUCUUAACCUGUUUAUCUGUACAUAAAGUAGAAAGCAAAAAUCUAGGGAAACAGAUAUACUUUUUAGACUAUCAUGUCACAUAUUCACAUUUUUAAAACUUUGUUUAAAAAAACAAACAAACAAACCACCCUAAACCCAAGACUCUACAUGAAAUAAAAAAAAAAAAAAAAAAAGAGGAAAAAAAAAAAAAGAAAUUACAGUUGAGAUGUUUUUAUCUUAAUGAAUUUGAGAGCUCUGGAGAUUAGCGUGUGCAUUUUCACAGAGUCAUAGCAGGACUGACCAGUCACACUGGACUGCUUCCGUUCCUCCCCGGCCGUGUCCGUGCGAGCAGUGAUUGCCAGGCUGCUGGCUCAGGUGACAGGUAUCUGUAUCCUUAUGUGAAACUGUUCUAGGGGCUUGGACUACAUAGUAAAACAAAAACAGACAAAAAAAAAAAUAAUAGAGCUUAGUGUAAAAUAAUUUUAUAAAUGAUCUUUUGUACUUUAGGACAUCAAAUUGUACAACUUUUGUAUAUAUAAAAGCUUAGGAACUUUCUGUUUAGCAGAAAGGAAACACAUUCCUACACUUUUAAUGUAUAUGUUUGUUAUAAUGUCCAUGUAAACAUAUGCCCUAUGUUUGUGCCUUUUAAUUAGUUUGUCUCAAUAAACAAAAAUGUAGAGAAGAAUAUGUA